CCUGCCUCCCUCCCCCCGCGCCCGCAGCCUCCCCCACCAUCUCCCCGAGGGCUCUCCUCCGGCCGCCAGCGCCCAUCUUUCAUUCCCGAGAUACAGAUAUUUUGCGCACACACAAACACACACGCGCAAAAAGAGGGGAAAAAAAAAAAAAAAAAGCCCACCCUCCAGCCUCGUUGCAAAGAGAAAGCCGGAGCAGCCGCAGCUCACAGCGCAGAGGACGCCCAGAGCGGCCGGCGGACAGACCGACGGACUCGCGCCGCGUCCACCUGUCGGCCCGACCCGGCUGAGCGCGCACGCUGCGCGCGCCGAGCAGCCGUGCCCGCUGCCCAGGCCCUGCGCCAGGGCGCACACGCUCCGGCCCCCCCAUCUGGCCGGGGCAGGAGUUUGCACCUCUCCCUGCCCGGGUGUUCGGGCCGCCGCUGCAAAGCCAACUUUGGAAAAAGUUUUUUGGAGGAAGCUUGGGCUUUGAGGUGCCCAGCCUUGCGUUUUCUGAUUUUGGGGACAAUUCCAGAAAAUGUUGCAACAAAGCUAAGCCGGAGGGCAGAGGAAAACGCCUUUAGCCGGCGAGUGAAGACGAACCAUCGGCUGCCGCGUUCCUUUUCCUCUUGGAGGUUGGAGUCCUCUGGGCGCCCCCAUACGGCUAGACGCCUCGGCUGGUUCGCGACGCAGCCCCCCGGCCGUGGAUGCUCGCUCGGGCUCAGGAUCCGCACAGGUAGCGGCUGCUGCGGACCCUGGUCCCGCGCCCAGGCCCUCCCCAGCCCCCCAACGACGGAGCCCAGGCCGGGGGCGGCGGCGCCCGGGGGCCAUGCGGGUGAGCCGCGGCGGCGGCAGCAGCGGCCUGAGUUCCUGAUCGGCGCGGACCCACGCCGAGCCCACCCUCCUCGCCAGCCCCCGCCCCCCGCCCUGGCCGCGGGGGCGGCGCGCUCGGUCCACGCGUCUGGGGCCCCGCGGGGCCGGGCCCGGAGUCGGCAUGAAUCGUUGCUGGGCGCUCUUGCUGUCUCUCUGCUGCUACCUGCGUCUGGUCAGCGCCGAGGGGGACCCCAUUCCCGAGGAACUCUACGAGAUGCUGAGUGACCACUCGAUCCGCUCCUUUGAUGACCUCCAGCGUCUGCUGCACGGAGACUCUGGAGAUGAAGACGGGGCCGAAUUGGACCUGAAUUUGACCCGUUCCCAUCCUGGAGUCGAGCUGGAGAAUUUAUCCCGUGGUAGAAGGAGCCUGGGCGCCCUGCCCGUCGCCGAGCCAGCUAUGAUCGCCGAGUGCAAGACGCGCACCGAGGUGUUUGAGAUCUCCCGGCGCCUCAUCGACCGCACCAAUGCCAACUUCCUGGUGUGGCCGCCCUGCGUGGAGGUGCAGCGCUGUUCCGGCUGCUGCAACAACCGCAAAGUGCAGUGUCGCCCCACCCAGGUGCAGCUGCGGCACGUCCAGGUGAGAAAGAUUGAGAUCGUGAGGAAGGUGCCGACUUUUAAGAAGGCCACAGUGACCCUGGAGGACCACCUGGCGUGCAAAUGUGAGACGGUGGCAGCAGCCAGGCCCGUGACCCGGAGCCCAGGGAGUCCCCAGGAGCAGCGAGCCAGGACGCCUCAAACUCGAGUGACCAUCCGGACGGUGCGAGUCCGCCGGCCCCCCAAGGGGAAGCACCGGAAAUUCAAGCACACGCAUGACAAGAAGGCGCUGAAGGAGGCCCUUGGAGCCUAGGGCCAUCUGCGGGAGAGUGCGGGCAGGGUUAUUUAAUAUGGAAUUUGCUGUAUCGCCCCCAUGGGGUCCUUGGAGUGAUAAUAUUGUUCCCCUCGUCCGUCUGUCUCGAUGCCUGAUUCGGACGGCCAAUGGUGCUUCCCCUUCCCCUCCACGCAUCUGUCCACCUUCUGCCAGUGAAUCUCCCCGCAGCGGCCUCUGGUCUCUUGCCCAGCAGCUCAAG